AUGUCCUCGAUCUCCUCAAUGGCUACCCUCCAAACAAUGAAGUGUAUCUUUACCAAGUUUGGAAAUCCAGAGAUGCUCGUCACGGACAACGGAACGCAGUUCACGUCGUCUCAGUUCACUUCAUUCUGCCGUUCCCAAGGAAUCUUGCACAUUCGCAUUUCGCCGUUCCAUCCACAAAGCAACGAACAAGCAGAACGUUUUGUGGACACCUUCAAAAGAGGACUUGCCAAGCUGAAGGGGGAGGAACCAACGGUGGACACACUACAGACAUUCGCUCCACUCCCUGCCCGUCUGCGCCUGACCAACGUUCAUCUGCCGAAGCCUUCUUGGGACGUCGACUGUGAAGGGAACUCGAUCUAA